GGGAGGGGAAGGAGAAAACAACUAACCCCGGACAAAACACCCUGUUUCUCUCCCUUUCUCUUUUGUCUCCCGCUGCAGAUGUUUCCAGCUCCUCAUGUUCUCCUGUCAGACCCAGGGGGAGAAUCAACCGUCUCCUAAUUUUAACCAGUACGUGAGGGACCAGGGUGCCAUGACCGACCAGCUGAGCCGACGGCAGAUCAGGGAGUACCAGCUCUACAGCCGGACCAGUGGCAAGCACGUCCAGGUGAACGGCAAAAGGAUCACCGCCACCGCUGAGGACGGCAACAAGUUUGCCAAGCUCAUCGUGGAGACGGACACCUUCGGGAGCCGCGUCCGCAUCAAGGGGGCUGAGAGCGAGAAGUACAUCUGCAUGAGCAAGCAGGGCAAGCUCAUCGGGAAACCCAACGGCAAGAGCAAGGACUGCAUCUUCACGGAGAUCGUGCUGGAGAACAACUACACGGCUUUCCAAAACGCCCGCUACGAGGGCUGGUACAUGGCCUUCACCCGCAAGGGCCGGCCCCGCAAAGCCUCCCGCAGCCGGCAGAACCAGCGGGAAGCCCACUUCAUCAAGCGCCUGUACCGCGGGCAGCUGCCCUUCCCCAACAAAGCCGAGCGGCAGAAGCAGUUCGAGUUCGUCGGCUCGUCCUCUCCCACCCGCCGCACCCGCCGCACCCGCGCCCCUCGCCCACGCACGUAACGCCCGGCAGCCCCCGGACUCACACCCCCACCCCCCCCCCCCCCCCGGCCGGGCCCUGCUCUCCUCAUCCUCAUGGCCUUCAGCCUCGCCAGACUCUGCCCCUUCUCCUGGCACCCCCCAGCACUGUUUCUUCCCCACUUCUUUUGUAAAGAUGCUCUAUUUUUAUACUCCUCUUGGGCACCGCGAGUAGGUUGGGGAGCGCACGCUUCGGGCACGGUCACCGGUGUCUAGCUCCACGCUGGGGUGCCUUCAUCCCUGGAGCAUCCCCUGGUACCCACGUUCACCACCCAGUACCUUUGCCCGCUCCCUUUGGCAACCCCUCAGAGACUUGUCCCCGUGCCACCGAGGGCUGGGACCCCCAGCCACGUUCCCGUCCCUGCAGCCAUCCCUCUCAGUGCACGGGAGGGAUGGGACUGGCCGUGAGCUGCAGGAUGUCCCCACCGGAGCGGGAUGGAGAGCCCAUCCCUGAGCCCGUGGGAUGCCGUGCCCGUCCCUGUGAGGGAUGGCUGGUCGGUUUGUCCGUCUGUCUGUCCGUGCAGCUCCGGAGGGAGGCAGGGGUUGCCUGGGCGCGCAGACCCCGUGGCCAGCACUUGUAUCCCCGCAGCUGUGGGGUCUCUGUUAUUUAUUGGAGGGGAAGGUCUGUGCCCUCUCCCAGUGGCACCGGGGUGCGGGGACACGUGUGGGUGCCCACCAGGCUCCACUGGCCAAAGAGAAACCGCCUUUAGGUUAUCGUUAUUGUUUUUGAUUGAUUGGGUUUUUGUGUGUUUUUACAAGCUCUGCUGUUUCCUUUAUGAGUCAGUUUUAGGCCUAAACAGUUAGACUUUGGAGUUUAUUUGUGUAAAGGAGGAAACCCCGAGGCAAAUAAAAGCGAGUGUCUAGA